AUGGCAAGCAUUAUUGCACCUUCUUCUGGUUUGAUCUUCAAGAGCAAAGAAUCAUCCAAAAAUGGUGCUUCCCUUUUACAGUACAGUGGGCUUAAACCAGUUGAAACCAUGAAAAUUCAACCUGAUUUUGUUGCCUACAAGGCUCAAGGUGCAAAAUGCAGAAGAAUCAAGUGCGUGAUAUCUCGAGGUGUUUGUGCUCCAAAGCGCGAAACUGACCCGAAGAAAAGGGUUGUGAUAACUGGGAUGGGGCUUGUUUCGGUGUUUGGAAGUGACGUUGAUACCUUCUACGAUAAUCUGCUGGAGGGGCGCAGUGGAAUCAGCCUAAUAGAUAGGUUUGAUGCCUCAGAUUUCUCUGUUCGGUUUGCCGGCCAGAUUCAUGGCUUCACCUCACAAGGCUACAUUGAUGCAAAGAAUGAUCGUCGUCUAGACCAUAGCUGGAGAUACUGUCUUGUUGCAGGCAAGAAGGCCCUUGAUGAUGCUAACCUGGGCAAACAAGUUCUCAACAAUGUGGACAAAACAAGAAUUGGUGCAGUGAUUGGAUCAGGGUUUGGAGGGUUGGGUGUGUUUGGGAAUGGGGUGCAAACCUUGAUUCAAAGUGGGUACAAGAAAAUAACCCCAUUCUUCAUCCCUUAUUCCAUCACUAACAUGGGGUCUGCAUUGCUAGCCAUAGAAGCUGGUUUGAUGGGGCCAACAUACUCCAUUUCCACAGCUUGUGCAACUGCAAACUACUGUUUCUACUCUGCAGCAAAUCACAUCAGACAGGGCGAAGCGGAUAUCAUGAUCGCCGGGGGAACAGAAGCCGGCAUUACAAUCACUGGCCUUGGCGGCUUCAUAGCUUGCCGUGCCUUGUCUCAGAGAAACCACGAGCCUCAAAGGGCUUCCAGGCCUUGGGAUAAGGACCGGGACGGCUUCGUCAUAGGAGAAGGCUGUGGCGUUCUGGUUAUGGAGAGAUUGGAUCAUGCGAUGAAAAGAGGGGCUAAUAUUAUUGCAGAGUACUUGGGAGGGGCCACAACGUGUGAUGCACAUCACAUGACGGAACCUCGGACAGAUGGGCUUGGUGUUUCAUCUUGCAUAGCCAAGAGCUUGGAAGAUGCUGGUGUUUCUCCUGAAGAGGUGAACUACAUCAAUGCUCAUGCAACAUCAACCGUUGCUGGAGACAUAGUUGAGGUUAAUGCUAUUAAGAAGGUGUUCAAGGAUACAAGUGAGAUCAAAAUGAAUGGAACCAAGUCACUGAUUGGUCAUGGACUUGGGGCUUCUGGUGGGCUUGAAGCUAUUGCAACCAUCAAGGCAAUCACCACAGGAUGGUUACACCCAACUAUUAACCAAUAUAAUUUGGAGCCUGAAGUUACAAUAGACACCGUUCCAAAUGUCAAGAAACAACACCAAGUUAACGUUGCUAUUUCCAACUCAUUUGGUUUUGGUGGGCAUAACUCAGUGAUUGUGUUUGGACCCUUCAAGCCAUGAACAACCUUAACACAAAACUCUUUCAAGUCUUGUCUGUAUUAGGCCUUUGGUCAAAGCUGCCAUCUUUUUUAUUUUUCUGCAUUCAUCCCAGAGCUCAGAUUCAAGGUCUAGCAAAAAUCAUGAAUAAUGUAUGGAAGUAAGAAAUAAUUAAAAACUACUGUUUUUUUUAUUCCAUCUGAUAAUUCAUAUGUC